AUCGCUUUGUCGUUGGCCCGUGUGGUGCGGAGAAAUAUAUCUGCUGUGACGUGCGGCCCGCUGAAAAUCAAGCUCGAGAUAAAAACGGUUUCCAAUCAACGCCAACUUUGAUUUGGUCGUGGCAUUUUUAUUUUAUUUUUAUUGAAUGGAGAAGAACGUUUCGUGCGAAGGUGUGUGACAUUUUUGAAUGACACUCACGCGAUCGUCGAAAGGAAACAAUAGUGAGACCCAAUCCGACGGUGCGUGUUCCUAUGUGAGUUAAGUGAGGGUGAUUCAUGAGUCAGAAUUUUGCGCUUUUUGAAUGGAAAACGGGGAGUAACCGCCGUUGGAGUUUUUGAUCGUCGUAUAAUAGGCAACAAUUACGCCCACACACACGAGAUUCUUGGGCUCGUGCGGUUGGUGAGUUGGUUGAUGGUUUGUACCUGGAAGCGAGCGAAGAACGAAAAGUGACAGAAAAGGGAGGAGAAGAUCCGGAAGAAACCCGAACAGAAUUUGUGAUUUUUGUUUUCGUCGGGCUGCAGGGUGUCAUUGAAUAGCACCAGUCAGUAGUUAGUGUAGGCUGGAUUGUUAUUAUGCGGAAAAGGAGAAGCAUAAAAGUUUAGAAGAAAAGAAGCGGAAUAGCCCGAGGCCGUCGGAGGAAGUAAUAAGUGCAAAGUUCCGAACGAAAGGAAACCGGGUAUAAGUGAAGAAAAAAUAUUGUGUGGCAAAGAAAUCGAUGGAAUGUGAUUGUGGCAAGUGAUUCCUUCACGGUAGGAAGAAGUGUGUCUGGUGUUUUGGCAGUGUAACGUGAGUGCAAAUUAGAGAACGACGAAAAUAACUAAGGCCGAGGAGCUUAGAAAGAGAAGAGGCUUUGGCAAGGAUAAGCCGUUUGUCGUUUGAAUUGAUAAGAAUCCAUUUGUGGAAGGCGAGAGCCAGCGAUACCUUAAUUGCUGUUGGUGGUGGAACCACCGCGGUCAAAGAUGGACGGGAAGGAGAAGGCAAAGGAACCGGAAACGUCGUUCCGCUUCAUAAGGGGUUCCGAUCCGAGGGCGGCAACCUGUCGGGGAAAGCUCCAGAGUCGACGAUGUAAGCUGAACCAGGAAAUCAACAAAGAGCUAAGGUUGCGGGCCGGUGCCGAGAACCUGUUCAAAGCUACCACCAACAAGAAGCUGAAGGAUACGGUCGCACUGGAGCUCAGUUUCGUCAAUUCGAACCUCCAGCUGCUCAAGGAGCAGCUGUCCGAGCUGAACUCAUCGAUGGAGAUCUACCAGAGCGAGGGCUUGGACUACGUGAUACCGAUGAUCCCGCUCGGGCUGAAGGAAACCAAAGAGGUCAGCUUCAUGGAACCCUUUUCGGACUUCAUCCUGGAGCACUACAGUGAGGAUUCGUCCGUGUACGAGGAUGCCAUCGCCGAUAUUACCGACACGAGACAGGCAGCCAAAACUCCGACCCGAGACCUCCAGGGCGCGGCUCUAUUGUUCCGCUACUACAACCUAUUGUACUACGUCGAGAGACGAUUUUUUCCGCCCGACCGAAGCCUAGGAGUUUACUUCGAGUGGUACGACUCGCUGACCGGGGUCCCCUCAUGCCAGCGAACGGUCGCAUUCGAGAAGGCCUGCAUCCUGUUCAACUUGGCCGCCAUCUACACGCAAAUCGGGGCCAGGCAGGACCGCUCAUCGGAGAAAGGGCUCGACUCGGCCGUGGAUAACUUCCUGAGGGCGGCCGGUGUGUUCAAGCACAUCUACGACACCUUCACCAAUGCGCCGUCGAUGGAUUUAAAACCUCAAGUCCUAGAAGUGCUGGUGGCACUGAUGUUGGCGCAGGCACGCGAGUGCCUAUACGAGAAACUUUUACUACAGCUAGAAGAAAUGACCAAUUCCGAUUGCAGUUCGCUACAACGCAAUCUUGCCGGCGAGGCAACCCAACUGACGGUGGAGUACCAGGAGAUUCACCGGAUAAUCCAGAGCAACGAGGCGCACACGUUCCUCCCGGAGUCCUGGGCUGGACUGGUACCACUGAAGUCCGAGCACUACAAAGCUCUUGCCCACUACCACACGGCCAAAUCGAUCGAUCCGGCGCUGCGAAACUUCAAAACGAGUACCCCUUCAAAGUCGGCCACCAAGCAGAAGGUCAAUCUGGGCAGCCAAACGUUGUCCCAAUCGCUAGACACGUUCAUCUUCGAUGAAAGCUCCCUCGAGGGGGACCUCAAUCCGGCAAUGCUGAAGAAAGCUCACCUGCGCGAGUCCCUCUCUAGUCACGAGGAAGCCCAACGGUUACAGCGAAUGUGCCGGGAGCUGAAGAACAAGAUCGCCCUCACCAAGGUGCUCAACUAUGGGCUGGAAAAGACGUCCGAAGAGCUGGAGAUGUUGGACCUGGAACUAGACGGAGCGGGCUAUCUGGACGAGGACAUCGACAUGAUCGAUGUGACGUUGAACACUACCUCCAAGUUUACCAUUUCCCUGACGGGACCGGACUUUACGGCGUACAAAAUCGAGGACCCAUUCCGAAAGCUGGGACCGAUGGCAAUCUUUUCGGCGAGACGCCACUGGACUGCCCCGCGCUGCAUUCGCCUGCAGAAGGGCAACUCGAUGCUGAUGACCGGCGGAGGGACGUUGGAUCGACGUCGGUACAAUAGCAGUACAAACAUCGGAAGCGCCAGCAGCAGUACCGGAGGCAGUAGUAUGGACGGAAGCAGCGACGGUGGCCGGAACAAGUGCCAGUGCAACAAGACCAACUACUACAACGACGUUCGGGCGUGCGACGUGUGCUUCAAGGACGUGUGCAACGUGUCGGAUGCGGACUAUCGGUCCCGGAAGUUGACUCAAAUGCCGUCGAGUGAGGGAAGCGACUGCAGCAGCAGUGGCGUCGACCAUUUCGAGAGCUUUGGCUUCCACGUGCGGGGCGAUGCGCCGGUCAUGAUUUCAAGCGUCGAGAUUAACUCGCUGGCUGAUCUCGGUGGCAUCAAGGAGGGAGAUUUCAUAGUGGAACUGUGCGGAGUGGACGUCAAGUGGUACAACCACCAGCAGGUGCUGAAGCUGAUCAAGAACUGUUCGAACAGUUUGGACCUCAAGGUCAUCACCCCGAUGGAUCGCAACUAUCUGAAGCCAAUGGCCUCAACCCACUCGAAGGGAUCGAUUUCAACGCUGUCCGGUAGCUCGUCGGGGGUGUCCUCGGGGGCACCGAGCCCGACCGGGACGACCUCCAAGAUUGGUGGCAAACCGCGCUCAAAGUUGGGCAAGAACCGCCUCAGCAGCUUCACCUCGGGCAGCUGGAAUCCGUUCCGUCGGACGCAGAGUUUGGGAAAGAUUUUCUAGGGCAUUACCUGCGACUGUCAGUUACGGAUAAACUUUUUUUUAAUUCGUGUACAGAGAUACUACUUUAGUUUUUAUUCGUGGGAAUAAGUAUACUUAAUUUUAAUCGUAAGUUGUUAGAAUUUGUAAAAACAUGGAUGCCAUCACAAACUUACACAUCUACCUAACAGCUUGUUCAAAGUGGGAUAGAUAGAUAGUCGAAUGAGAAAGUCUUAUUUAUAGCCUAUUUCCUCAAAACCUUUUGAGAGUUUCUUUUAAACAGUCCCGAGAGGAAAUGAGACAUACUUUUGUUCCGGAAUAUUUAUUGUUUUAAAAUGUUAAUUUACUCAAAAGUCUAGUUUUAUCUAUAGCGCCUAGUAAGACCUGACAUGACGACGGGCAAACUCCGAAAUCGUCAUGAGGGUUAUUCCAUUCUGUACAUUUGAAUAGAAUUUAGAAUUGUUAAGUGACUAUGAAUCCGCUUGAGCGGCAUGAAGGAAAAAAACAAAAUUGAAUAAUUUUUUACAUAUUUCUAACGACAUUUUGCUUCGGGCAAAGUCUAAAUAGUUAGUCGGGUAGGACAGUCUACAGAGAGAAGGGGCACAUUCCAAAAAUGUACUAUAAAUGCGAACGACGAAACUUUGAGCAGAAAUAUAACUUAGUGAAGUUAG